AUGGGAAGUAAUUAUGACUACACAUACGAAUACGAACUAACUGAUUCAAACAAACACAAUCGAACUAAUCGUGAUAAUACCGGACGUCAUACUCAAAGAACAGCUGGAAAUCAACCAAAUUUAACUGCAGCCCAUUCAACAUUCAGUCGUUCAAGUAAUAUGGAUCCUUUAGUGAACUUACAACAUGAUCGUAUUUGGCAUAAACUUUAUGAUCCACCUGAGGCAGAUAAAACAACACACGAAAAUGAAGUGCAGAUUUAA